AUGUCUCACAAGAUCAAUCCACAAAAUAUGGAAAGUAUCGUUUUCAACCCCAUAUACGCCAGUGCCGAUCAUGAUUUGACAUAUAGCAAAAAUGACAAGAGCCAUGCAUACGAUACUUUGAUUUGCCCAUCUGCUAAACCUUUGGCAAGAUGGAGCAUUCCCGAUUUUCGUAUUGUCAUGCGAGAUCAAGUUCCAGCUAUAGUCGAGAUUCUUUCAUUAAACCAGCCGAGUUCCUCAAUGACAACUGGCUUUAGCAACCAUAUGAGUUUACAAAACAGUGCACCUGAUUUAUCCCACAUGGAUCAUCUGCAGACUGUAAUCAAUGCUGUACUUUUUGCUGGAGUAGAGCAAGGCACAGUCUGUGAUCCACUUUUAGGGGAUAUGUUGGUUACAUUUAAGCAGUUUCAAUGGAUACACCAAUCCAGAUACUUGUUUACGAAUCGCUUGACUGGUAAGGUUUCUACCCCUACUUCCAAGAUCCAGUUUUUAAUUCAAUAUCAAACGUCCAUCAGUGUACCUCCUUUUGUAUGUGGUACUGCGUGCAAUAUACCAGUCAGCCAACAUACUUUGAACACUAGCUUGGAAUGCAGCCAGCAUAUACACGGCGAUGCAUUGAAUCGAAUAGGAAAUGUAGAAAUUGUCGACGACACAGUUGGGCUUGGACACGAUGAGCCAGAUUCACUUGUGAACCCUACUCCAAGUCGAGGCCAGCACAGUAUAUGUGACAGUGUCAGCUCUCGACAAGCCCAGUUUCAAGAAAUUUCAUCGCGAACCACAAGGUCGAAAAUACCACACACUGCUGAACUUUUGGCAAAUAAGCUCACCAUCAAACAUACGAAUCCGCAUGUUCGUGUUUCAAAAAGUAAAUCGCACUUUCGUGUUGCUCGGCGAGUCAAAAUAGUGCUUAGUGACACUGAAAAGCAAGUGUUUGUAAAAAGUAUUGUUGCCACAUUGGCAAAAACUCAGCAGGCUGAUAGCAAAGAGCACACUCGUAUACUUCGGUCCAUCACUUUUAGGAAGUUUGUAGAUGCAAAGUGA